CGGCAAGGAGCGCUGCUGGGCAUCAAUGCAGAGCUCACAGGGGAAGAUCGCAGAGGCAGGGACCCGGUUUGGGGUGCUACUAAAAUACCGAGUGGAUGUUCCCCAGAGAGAAGAGCAGCUCUUAGUUUUCCUGUCAACGCCAAGACUCUGGCUGUAUCCAGAUGCAUCCUGGGGAGGUCAAGGAACUGAGGAGUCGUGGGACAUCCACAAGGAGAUUCUCAAAGAUGUCUCAGAGCCAGCGGAGUUUCUGUACUGUUUGAUCACGUUCCAGUUCUUCCUUUACCUCAAUCUCUGUUGCUAUGGAGACUUCCAAUGGGACCGAGACCUGGUACAAGAGCCUCCAUGCUGUGCUGAAGGCUCUGAACGCCACCCUCCACAGUCACUUGCUCUGUCGUCCUGGGCCAGGGCCAGGACCUGGGCCAGACAAUCAAACUGAAGAACGCCGAGCUAGCCUUCCUGGCCGUAAUGACAACUCCUACAUGUAUAUUCUCUUUGUCAUGUUCCUAUUUGCUGUCACUGUGGGCAGUCUCAUCCUGGGAUACACCCGUUCUCGCAAGGUGGACAAACGUAGUGACCCCUAUCACGUGUACAUCAAGAACCGUGUGUCUAUGAUCUGAUGUGAGGUGCCCAAGAAUGACGGAAGACUCUGCUGCCUGAGGAUUGUCUUCUUGGGGCCCCAGAACUCAACUCUGGACCCUCUCAAGCCUUAGUGUCUCUAUCUAUACAAGAGCAACAAGAAAUUGGUAAGAGAGAUUGCCGUUGGGACCAGAAAGGAUAGGCUGGUAGUCCUGGCCUUGUGGAUAAGGCAUUUUUUCCCAGACAAAGAUAGGCAUUAUAUACUAGGAGCCCAUGAACAAAUACAUAGAAGUAUGGACUACCGGUGAGUAGGAGAAGAGGAAGAGGAAGGGAAAUGGAGAAGAAGAUGCUCU